UGCGAUAAGAAAAUGAAACGCUACAAUCCGGAAAGUUUUCACAGACUUCCUCUGCACAAUAGUGAUAUGUUGAAGCAGUGGCUGGUUGUAUUACAUGUUGAUGUCGAAACACCGGUAGAAACGCUUCGAGAGAUGGACUACCGCGUCUGCAGUAAACAUUUCGACAGGGACGACUUCAUCUUAUCCAGAAGAGCCUCCAACCCUCCCAGAAGAAAUCACCUCAAGAAAAGUGCUGUACCAAGAGCCGAAAGACCUGUUGCUGAUAAUUUGGAUGAGGCAAGUGGUUCUGAACCCUGUACUCACGAAAAUACAUCAGAACUAGCUGCACUCCCACAGUCUACACCAAAGAGGUUCCAGCACACAGUAGCAGCUCAGUCACGGAGGUCUGGUCAACCACCAGCUUUUAGACUUUCGCUAUCAACUCCUGAGCAUGCUACAGUCAGGCCACGUACAACACCAACGUCCUCUGGAAUGUAUCUUGCACUGCCUCCAACAUGGCAACUGUCAGAGGGUGCAGGAUCAAUAUCACAUUGGAGUCCUAUCCAUGCAGGCAGUGGAGCUAUGUCACAAGAAGACAUGGAUGAAGGUUCAAAAGCAUCUGUUCAUGAUAUGAGUGUUAGCUUUGGGGAGAUGGAGAUGGAAGAUCCUGUUGAUGCAAGCUUUCAGCCAUUGAGUGACACUACUCCUUCCAGCCAAGAAUCAGGUUCGGGCAAUGCUUCUGACCAAGGGAAAACCAAUGGAUGGGCCGGAAAAAAGUGGAUAGUGGAUGAGUCCAACUUGCUGGAGCUCUUCAAGACCUGCCACACAUGUGGUACACUAAUUGAAGAUAAAAGGAUGGUGACACGAGCCAGCCAACUUAAAAUCUACUGGACAUGCCUGCGUGGACAUUCAGGGGAGUGGGCAUCAUGUCCAGACCAAAGAGACAUGGGACGAAACAAUCUCCUGACCUGUGCGGCGACACUGUUUACAGGAGCAUCAUACACUGACAUAAAGGACUGGGCGGAUCUGAUGAACAUUCAGAUUCCUGCAAAAACACAAUACUACAACAUACAAUCUGCAUAUCUAAUUCCUGUCGUAAACUAUGCCUACAAAGAUCAACAGCAAAAAAUAAUGGAGCGACUCACUCAGCUGUCUGCCUCAGGAGAGAGGAUUGACUUAUGUGGCGAUGCGCGGUGUGACAGUCCAGGUUUCAGCAGUAAAUAUUCGACCUACUCUUUCCAAGAUGAUGUCUCUAAAGAAAUUGUCCAUUAUGAGUUGGUCCAGGUUACAGAAGCAUCCAGUUCUGUAGCAAUGGAGGCAAUGGGGUUUCAGAGAGGCCUGGACCACCUGAUCUCCAAGGGAGUGGAUGUUGGAGUCAUGACAACAGACAGAUCUCCAUCCAUUCGGAAAAUAAUCAAUGACAACUACACAAACAUAAGGCAUGAAUUUGACUCGUGGCAUGUCAAUAAGAGUGUAAAGAAGAAGCUUGUGAAGGUUUCAAAUAAAGCCGAAAACAGAGUGCUGCAGCCAUGGAUCCGAUCGAUCAGCAAUCACCUGUAUUGGUCUUGCAGCUCAAGCCAUGAUGAUGAGGAGGAAUGUGUGCGGCGUUGGACAUCACUGCAGUACCACGUUUGUGGUGUUCAUAGAUGGGAGGAGGAUGGCGGCUUAGAAUACCAUUGUCUUCACCCAUCACUCACAGAGGAGGAGCAAACAAGGAAGAAAUGGCUUACAAAGGAUUCUACUGCCCAGCGAGCAAAAAGUCGUCUAGAACACGUCUAA